GUGCGUCCGUUGUGAACUGAGCGAGUGAACGAUGCAGUGCAGAUACCUGCAGAUGUAUCCGGUGUUUUGUACAAAUUUGUGAUUCCAAACGUAAAAAUGGAGGAGACGAAAGAGAGCUUGUCGUUUAAAGGUGUAGCCGAGAGACUCACACUUGGCAUUACUCGAAUACUUGAGAACAUGCCUGGUGUGGUCGAUGUGCGUUUUGCAGAGAGGGAGCCUGCAGAGAAGAGGAGUCUGCUGUCAUGGGAACAGAAAAACACGUGUAUUUUGCCAGAGGACCUGCGAGAUUUCUAUCUGACAACUGAUGGAUUUACACUGACCUGGAGCGUUAAACUAGAUAAUGAAUGUGUUCCUUUAGGAUGUAUGAUGAUUAACAGUGUCGCCAGGCUGUGCCCACUGCUCCAACCAGUGUCAUUUUUCUCCCUUCCCAAUGCACCCUCACUGGCUGACCUGGACUGGGAGGAGAGCAGCACAGAAAGAGGUUUGGAGCAUGCGCCCGCUGCACCCCAUUUUGAUUCUCGGAGCCGCGUCUUUGAGCUGGAUUCCUGCGGAGGGAAUGGCAAAGUGUGCCUGGUCUACAAAAACUGCACUCCAGGUGUGGUUGCCCAGCAGAGUGAAAUCUGGUUCCUAGACCGCUCACUGUGCUGGCAUUUACUGACAGCAACCUUUACCUCCUACUACCGACUGAUGAUAACCCACUUGGGUCUGCCUGAGUGGCAGUAUGCCUUCACCCCAUAUGGUCCAAGUCCCCAGGCCAAGCAGUGGGCAUCCCUUUACCAGCCGCUGACCUUCAGCUGUGAACUCAGCCUUGGAGAUCCUGCUGGAGAUUCCUAUCUCAACAAGCUGGAUCCUACAAAGGCCUUCAAAGGCAAAUCAAAGGCACCAGCCCCCAAGAAGAAGCAGUCAACACAGUGUGGCUCAGGGAGUACCGCUAAGGGCCAAGGCAACAUAGGAAGACACAGCGGAACGAAGCGGUGAGAAGGUUCACAUCCAAGAAAGACAUUUCAGUCAACCUCGUUAUUUGUAUGAUCAACAUGGCUUCAAAGAGCAGCCUGCAAUUCUUUCGUUGACUGGACUCAGUGUGUUGGAAGCUCUAUGCAAUGUGAGAGCAUGUUGUCCAAAAACUAAGCUGCAUGUCUAAAGAGAUGCUUAACAAGGCGUAUUGCUGGCUCAACACAUGGCUAAGGUGGUAUUUAUCUGAUAAAGGGAAGGUUGAGCAUGAUGGAGAAAUUAGUCUUUGAAUCACCAGCUAAUUGCAUCAGAACCAGUUACAAUAUUCACAAACUAAUUUAUUUCGCGUUCGCUGGUGACAACUCCUGGUAAAAAGUAAUUUAAAGCAGUCAUUUCAAGAAAUAUAAUCAUGUGCUGCUGUCAUAGCAUAUAAUACUGAUGUGUCAAAAUGUACCACUGCUGCUAUCAAGGACACCAUCCAUUCAUAACUGCAGUUACUAUCACUGUGCUUUAUUUGUUGCUCAUUUUUUAAUGCAUUAUACAACAACAAUUUUUUUGUUUUUUAUUUAUAUAUAUAUAUAUAUAUAUAUACAUACAUAUAUAUAUAUAUAUAUAUAUAUAUAUAUAAUGUGUAAAGUUCCUAAUAAAGUUUGUAAUUUAUUCAGUAACGCAUUUCUUUACAUCAAAGCAUCAGUAAUUGAAAGUAAUACUGUAGGUUCAGCCUAUACGACUGAAGAGUAGUAGUAACAUUUUGAAAAUGGAAAGUAAGUCAUAGUGUGAUUCUACAAAUAGAAGCUGAUCAUACGACUCACUAAAAUUGUUCAGGCUUCAAUACCAAGCGUCAGUUUGAACAGCUCAUGAACUCUAAGCUUCAGUAUCGAACCUUACAUCACUAAAGUGUGUGUGCAAACCUUAGCAUGAAAUGUUACAAUGUCAAGGACUGGCAAUAAACCAUGAAGUUAGGCUUUAGUAAUCAAUGUUACUCACAGGCCAUUGAUUCACUGAUGUAAACUUUACAAAGGUGAAAAGCUGCAUUGGAGUUUAGGACCACUGCUCUGUAUAAUGAUCAUAAAAGCCACUCUGAUUAUUCCAUAUUUAUGAACUAAUAUGAGAAAGUUAUAGCCAGCAUUUUUUAUCCAUCUUCAUUCAUUUACGGCUCUUGAUGCCAAAAGAAUAACAGUAAACAGACCUGAUACAACAUGUAGGACUAAGUUUUUGUUAUAAGUACUCUGGAGAGGACACAUGUACACUUUUUGUCUUUUGGCUGCUGUGCACUGGCUUGGUGGAAGGACAAAUAUGUGCAUUAUCUUUAAUUGAGCUGUUGCCCUUUCAAGUUGUGAGAAGCCAGCUCCUACUGUUUCUAUUUGACUUACACAAAGAUACAUGUUUGUUUUUUUUAAUGCAAUGUAUUAGCACUGUUUUCUUCUCUUUACAUACUCUGAGGUUUCUACGACCAUAUAAGUGGUCCCCUGUUGAUUGUUAUAACGAAUGAUAUUCAUGGUUGUAUCAGCUGCUAUUGCCUCAAUAUUAAAAAGUUAGUUACUGUG